UUUUCAGCGUUCUAUUUCUCUCAUAUAAAGCUAUUUUAACGUUUUUAAAAUUAAUGUUAUUAAUAUGUACUUAUUACGUUGUAAUAUGCAUAUGUAGUUCUCACUCCUUUAUUAUUGUGCAAAUUUAAAAUUUUGCUUCAUAAUUUUUUUACAAAUUACGAAGUAACACUUUCACUAAUACUUUUAAAAAUAUCGUUAUUAUCGAUAAACAAUACCGGCCUACAACCUCGAGGUUAUGUAGAUAUUUCUGUUUAGGAUUGGCCAAGUAUUUUUUUUUUGUAAAAAUAACAAGAAAUGUUAACAUUAUUAAGUAAAAGACUGAGAUUUAACAUAAAAUGUAACUUAGUUAAAAAAUACGUCGUACCUGCGAAUACUGACAAUAAUGUAGACCCAAAGAUUAUGUACGAAUUAAAGAAACACUUAAGGAACCAACGGCUGCUUUUUAAAGAUGGUCCUACUUGCCUGCUAAUGGAAUGUCAUUUAUGCGACAACAUGUCUGGAAGUGAAGCAUAUGUAAAUAAACGAACUGGUCUUUUACUUUGUCCAAACUGUGACGUAAAGAAAAGUGUGGCAGAUGUUCUACAUUUAUACGAAAAAAAUUGCAGAGGCGAUGCAAAGUGCAAAGAUGUGGAUUAUAAAACUAAAUUUAAAGACCUUCAAUCUGUGUCACAAAUUGUUUGUGAUAAUCUCGGCAUAAGAGGACUUAAGUCUACGGACUUGGAAUAUUUAGGAGCACAAUAUGAACCCAAUUUAAAUUGCUUACAUUUUCCCAUAAAAAAUGUAGCAAAUAAAGUAGUUGGUGAGAAAAUCAUGUAUUUGUCCGAUAGGAGAGAAGAAACAAUAGAGAAUUAUAACCACUCCGGUUUGGUAUUGUCUAUUGCUGCCCAAAAAUCUUCGCGAGUAGUUUUAGUGUCAAAUCUUCUCGACUUCAUCAUUUUAUCGAUGCAGCGCUUGAGUAACACAUCAAUUGCAUGUUUGCCCUAUGGUCUUAAAUCUCUACCCCAGGAAUGCCUGCCAUGGUUUGAAAAAUUUAAAGAAGUUGUUUUUUGGUUCAACUUCGAGACAGCGGAUUGGGAUGCCGCAAAGAAUUUCGCAAAGAAGCUGGAGGAGAAACGUUGUUUUUUUAUACGACCUACUGAAGCUGAGCCAGCUCCAUUUGAAGCUCACAAAAAGCGGCUUAAUUUACAGCAUAUUCUGAACAAAGCUACGCCGAUGUGCCACAAAUCUAUAACUACUUUCAGUGCGCUUAAAAAUGAUAUUCUUAGCGAGCUACAAAAUAUUGAAAAAGUCAACGGAGUGAAAUGGAAACGUUAUCCCAUAUUGAAUAAAAUUCUGAAAGGUCACAGGAAGGGAGAAUUAACAAUUCUAACGGGUCCAACAGGAUCUGGAAAAACUACCUUUAUGAGUGAAUACUCACUGGACUUGGCUUUACAAGGAGUUUCUACAUUGUGGGGAUCUUUUGAAAUUCGAAACUGUCGUUUGGCAGCUACAUUACUACGGCAAUAUGUUGGCUAUUCGCUGGAGGAUAAACUUAACGAGUUUGAAUAUUGGAGUACUGAAUUUGAAAGGUAUCCUUUAUAUUUUAUGACAUUUCAUGGACAACAACCGCUUAAAUUAGUAAUGGAGGCCGUCGAACAUGCCCAGUACAUACACGACAUUAGCCAUGUUAUUAUUGAUAAUUUGCAAUUUAUGAUGGGCAUGUCAAUUGCACAGAAAAGUGAUAAAUUUUGGGAACAGGAUUCUAUAAUUUCCGCUUUUCGUUCAUUUGCCACGAAGAAUAAUGUUCAUGUGACAUUAGUAAUGCAUCCGCGUAAGGAACGUGCCGAUGAAGAUCUCACUACUAGUUCGGUAUUUGGGACAGCUAAAGCUACUCAAGAAGCGGACAACGUCCUCAUUAUCCAAGAUAAGCGCCUAACAUCUCUUCGUGGGAAAAAGUAUUUGCAAAUUGUAAAAAAUCGUUACAGCGGGGACUUGGGGAUUAUGCCACUUGAAUUCGACAAAGAAUCGCUCAGUUAUUCCACGUCAAAUAAAAAGAAGAAAACAAAUACAACAUAAAUAAAUCUAUUAAUUUUACCAAAAUUAUAUUAAGCUCUAAAUGUACAUGUUUUGUAAAUAUUAAAUUUUUUCUAACAUAUAAGAUACUCCAAUCAA